CGAAAUUCAAAUAUCUUUUUAGUCUUAUCUGCACUUUCAAUUUGAACAGUUGUGAAAUAAAAUUAACGGAGUUGCUACAUUUCGAAGAGAUGGUGUUCCUCGAAUUGGGACUUGUGUCCUUGCUGCUCCUGUACAUUUUCUACAAAUGGGCAACACUUAAGUACAACACAUUCAAAGAGCGCGGUGUGCCAUUUGAAGAGCCAUGGCCGCUAGUGGGCAACGCCGGAGCGGUGGUUUUAAAUAGGGAGGGUUUCAAUAAGACUGUUCUAAACUUUUACAAACGCAACAAACAACAUAAAAUCGUUGGCUUCUACAAUUUUCGCUCUCCCGUUUUCGUGGUACAAAAUCUAGAGUAUAUUAAGAAAAUGACAGUCAAGGACUUUGAUUUCUUUGUUAAUCACACCCCUUUCUUCAAAGCCGACGAUGAUCCUCUAGUAAAUGGCAUGUUGACCGUUAUGAAAGAUCAGCGUUGGAGGAAUAUGCGCAAUACACUUUCGCCAGUCUUCACCGCCUCCAAAAUGCGCGCCAUGUUUAGUUUGAUGAACGAGUGUCUGAAUGAAUGCCUGGACCGGCUUCGAGAUCUUACUAAAGGCGGCAAACACCAUGAUAUUGAACUUAAGGGUUUGUUCACACGUCUGUCAAAUGACAUCAUCGCCUCAACUGCCUUUGGACUCAAGGUCAAUUCAUAUGAAAGUCCAAAUAAUGAGUUUUACUUGAUCGGUCAGUCGAUCUCAAAUUUCCGUGGAAAGCAAAUGAUUAAAUUCUUUGUUGCCAACACCAUGCCUAUUGUUCAAAAGAUUCUUGGAUAUAAAGUAUUCGAUACCGAUAAAACGGAUUACUUUAAGCGAUUAGUUAUCGAUACAAUGAAAUAUCGGCAGGAAAAUAAAAUCCAAAGGCCUGAUAUGAUCCAAUUAUUGAUUGAGGCCAAAGAAGAGUCCGACCAGAACUGGUCCGACGACGAUAUAGUGGCGCAGUGUUUCAUUUUCUUUUUUGCUGCUUUUGAAAACAACGCGAACUUUACAUCGGCUAUCUGCCAUGAGCUGAUGGAAAACCCCGAUGUGCAGCAGCGUCUAUACGAGGAGGUAUUGGAAGUGCGCGAUGAACUUGGAGGCAAGCCCUUGUCAUACGAAGCAGUAAUGAAAAUGAAAUACAUGGAUUUGGUCACUUCCGAAACAUUACGCAAGUGGAACCUUGCUGGGUUUACUGAUCGGCUAUGCUCUAAAGAUUAUGAUCUCACCGAUGACGAUGGAAAUAUAAUAUUUAAAUUUAAGGCGAAUGACUAUGUCUGGUUUCCUAUAGUAGGAUUACACUAUGACGAUAAAUAUUUUGAAGAUCCCGAAUCAUUUAAGCCCGAACGCUUUAGCGAUGAGAAUAAGGAUAAUAUUAAGCCUUUUACGUAUUUACCUUUUGGUGUUGGACCACGCAUGUGUAUUGGCAAUCGAUAUGCACUAAUGCAAGCCAAGGCCAUGAUGUACUAUAUGAUUUUGGAUUUCAAGCUGGAACGUUCCCCAAAAACCGUGGAAAAUAUUAUGGAUGAUGUCAGGGGUUUCCAAAUCAACCCCAUGGGCGGCUUCUGGGUUCGCCUAGUGCCACGUGUGUAUUUUGAGACUGAAGCGCGCCUAGAAGCGAUAGAUCUCAACUUUGUUUGCAAUUAUUCAAUCAAUUAUAAUAAGUUUUACUUCACCCUCUCUCUCACUGACAUUCGCUGUGUUAUUGAACAAUAUAAAGUGCAAAUCGACGCGAUGGCUUAUAUCGAAAUUAUAAUACUUUCCGCGGUAGCCCUGUUUUCAUUGUACAAAUGGAGUGUUUCAAAUUAUCAUAUUCUUCGGGACAGAGGAAUACCACACCAUAAACCAACUGCAUUGAUUGGAAAUUUCAAUAUGAAUGUGUUGCUUGGAAAGUCAUCUUUUAUGAAAUUUAUCAUCGAUAACUAUUCCGAUUUCAAAAGCAGAAAAAUUUAUGGAAUCUAUUCAAUGCGUGACGUAAACAUUUAUAUUCCUGACAUCGAUCUUAUCAAAAAGAUUGCCAUCAAAGAUUUCGACACAUUUCCAAACCACAAUUCUGUCGGCGGCGGUGAAGAAGGUGGCAACACAUUCCUUUCAAAGAGUUUGAUCGUUUUAAAGGAUAACAAAUGGCGAGAAAUGCGGAACAGUCUGUCACCAUCUUUCACGGGAAGUAAGAUGCGAUUGAUGUUUCAAUUGGUCAACGAAUGUGUGGUUCAAGCAGUUAACUACAUCGCCAAUGAGUGCAAAAUCAGCAAAAUCUUUGUUGCCGGUUUCGAAACUGUAUCUGCCUGUUUGUGUUUUACAGCGCAUGAACUGCUUGAAAAUUCCGUUAUUCAAGAUAAGCUUUAUGAAGAGAUAUUAGAAACUCAUAGAUCGCUGGAGGGAAAGCCAUUAAACUACGAUGUUCUCAUGAAGUUAAAAUAUUUGGAUAUGGUUAUUUCAGAAUCGUUACGUAAGUGGCCACCUGUGCUACUAACAGAUCGCAUUUGCUCUAUGGACUACGCGCUCAAAGAUGACGACGGAAGUCUUAUUGCAGAAUUCAAAAAAGACGAUAACAUAUUUGUACCUAUAAUUGGCAUUCAUCGGGACCCCACUUAUUAUCCAAAUCCGGACAAAUUUGACCCCGAACGGUUCUCCGAUGAAAAUAAAAAUAAAAUCAAGCCUAUGAGUUAUUUGCCCUUUGGUUUGGGGCCCAGAAUGUGUAUAGGCAAUCGUUUGGCAUUGAUGGAGGUCAAAGCAUUGAUAUACCAUCUUAUUUUGAAUUUUGAAAUUCACCGCUCGGAGAAGACAUGCAGAAAUCUAAUGAAUUCAAUAGCCGGAUUUACAUUAAUACCAAAAGAAGGCUUUUGGAUGAAAUUUGUGCCAAGAAACUCUGGAGACUCUACAUCUUGAUAUGGACUUUCUAGGAGCAGCGCUAGACUUACAGAUGUCACGAAUUGAAGAAUCGCGACGUGAUAAUUGAGUUUCACGUAUAAGGAUAUUUUUUAUAAUCAAGUUAUGAUAAAAAUAUGGUUAUUCAGAGAUUCAGGAUAUACAAUUUUAUGUGCUUCCGAUUCAGAAA